UGUGCGCCACGUGUCCCGCCAGGAGCCCAAGGCGGUCCUCCCGGUCCGCCCCUGCGCUGCGGCUGCUGCUGCUCGGCUAACGGGCUCCAACCCAGCGGGCUCUGUCUGCUCGUCCGCGCGUCUGUCGGUAACAGGAGGCCUCCGCCUCGCGUGGUUUCUGCUGCAGAACCUGAGACCAUGGCCAAACCAGCACAGGGUGCCAAGUACCGGGGCUCCAUUCACGACUUCCCCGACUUUGACCCCAGCCAGGAUGCCGAGGCGUUGUACACUGCCAUGAAGGGCUUCGGUAGUGACAAGGAGGCCAUCCUUGAGCUAAUCACCUCCCGGAGCAACAAGCAGAGGCAGGAGAUCUGCCAGAGCUACAAGUCCCUCUAUGGCAAGGACCUCAUUGCUGACCUGAAGUAUGAACUGACAGGGAAGUUCGAACGGCUCAUUGUGGGCCUGAUGAGGCCGCUUGCCUAUUGUGAUGCCAAAGAAAUUAAAGAUGCUAUCUCAGGCAUCGGCACUGAUGAGAAGUGCCUCAUUGAGAUCUUGGCUUCCCGGACCAAUGAGCAGAUCCACCAGCUGGUGGCAGCAUACAAAGAUGCCUAUGAACGAGACCUGGAAUCUGACAUCAUCGGUGACACCUCUGGCCACUUCCAGAAGAUGCUCAUAGUCCUGCUCCAGGGAACCAGGGAGGAGGAUGACGUGGUGAGCGAGGACUUGGUCCAGCAAGAUGUCCAGGACCUGUACGAGGCGGGGGAACUGAAAUGGGGAACUGAUGAAGCUCAAUUCAUUUACAUCUUGGGAAAUCGCAGCAAGCAACAUCUUCGGUUGGUGUUUGACGAGUAUCUGAAGACCACAGGGAAGCCGAUCGAAGCCAGCAUCCGAGGGGAGCUGUCUGGGGACUUCGAGAAGCUAAUGCUGGCUGUGGUGAAAUGUAUCCGGAGCACCCCGGAGUAUUUUGCCGAAAGGCUCUUCAAGGCCAUGAAGGGCCUGGGGACGCGGGACAACACCCUGAUCCGCAUCAUGGUCUCCCGCAGUGAGCUGGACAUGCUUGACAUCCGGGAGAUCUUCCGGACCAAGUACGAAAAGUCCCUCUACAGCAUGAUUAAGAAUGACACCUCUGGCGAGUACAAGAAAGCUCUGCUGAAGCUUUGUGGGGGAGAUGAUGAUGCUGCUGGCCAGUUCUUCCCGGAAGCAGCGCAGGUGGCCUAUCAGAUGUGGGAACUUAGUGCAGUGGCCCGAGUAGAGCUGAAGGGAACCGUGCGUUCAGCCGCAGACUUCAACCCUGACGCUGAUGCCAAAGCCCUGCGGAAAGCCAUGAAGGGACUUGGAACCGACGAAGACACCAUCAUUGAUAUCAUCACACACCGCAGCAACGCCCAGCGGCAGCAGAUCCGGCAGACCUUCAAGUCGCACUUUGGCCGGGACUUAAUGGCUGACCUGAAGUCUGAGAUCUCUGGAGACCUGGCAAGAUUGAUUCUGGGGCUCAUGAUGCCCCCAGCCCAUUAUGAUGCCAAGCAGCUGAAGAAGGCCAUGGAGGGAGCUGGCACAGAUGAAAAGGCUCUUAUUGAAAUCCUGGCCACUCGGACCAAUGCUGAAAUCCGGGCCAUCAACGAGGCCUAUAAGGAGGACUAUCACAAGUCCUUGGAGGAUGCUCUGAGCUCGGACACAUCUGGCCACUUCCGGAGGAUCCUCAUUUCUCUGGCCACGGGAAACCGUGAGGAGGGAGGAGAAGACCGGGACCAGGCCCGGGAAGAUGCCCAGGUGGCUGCUGAGAUCUUGGAAAUAGCAGACACGCCCAGCGGAGACAAAACUUCCUUGGAGACACGUUUCAUGACGAUCCUGUGCACGCGUAGCUAUCCGCACCUCCGGAGAGUCUUCCAGGAGUUCAUCAAAAUGACCAACUAUGACGUGGAGCACACCAUCAAGAAGGAGAUGUCUGGGGACGUCAGGGACGCGUUUGUGGCCAUUGUUCAAAGUGUCAAGAACAAGCCUCUCUUCUUCGCCGACAAACUGUACAAAUCCAUGAAGGGUGCUGGCACUGACGAGAAGACCCUCACUAGGAUCAUGAUCUCCCGGAGCGAGAUCGACCUGCUCAACAUCCGGCGGGAAUUCAUCGAGAAAUACGACAAGUCUCUCCACCAAACCAUUGAGGGUGACACCUCUGGAGACUUCCUGAAGGCCUUGUUGGCUCUCUGUGGCGGCGAUGACUAGGGCCACCAACAUGGGAGGCACUUCUGCCAAGAAUUGGUCAGCAGCACCAGCCACCAUGACCAGGCCCGAUUGUUCCAGCUCCAGAGACUAAGGAAGAGGCAGGGUGGGGGGAGGGCUUAGGGGUGGGCUCUUGUCUUCAAAUGGGGCUCAGGAAAGGCCCCCACUCCCACGGGCCAUUGAGGGCCCAGCACGGUCACUCCUGCUCACGGCUGAGCGGCUGAAGAACCAUGGCCAUAAAUCCCGUCCACGUCCACACUCACUCCCACUCCCCGCUGUCUCAGGCCUUCCCAGCUUCCGUCCCUUGCCACAGCCUCUGCCCUGGUUUGGGCUUUGUCAAACCCAAAAACAUACCGAGCCUCUAGAAAAUGAGCAUUGUGUGUGCUUUGAAUGGUGGCGCGUGGGCAUGGUGUCGGCUGUCCGUUAAUGGGGAGCAGGGGAGAAUAAACGCGAUUGGGCAAACUGAC